CACAUUCACAAACGUGGAUUCCUCUCAGUAAACAAACAAACCGAGUCAACUGCUGCCCCUCUGUAUUGCUAUAAUAAGAGAAUUGAAUUCUCUUUCUCUCCAACUAAAUCAAAAUUCUCAGAAUCGAAUUCCUCUUUCAAUCAAAUUUCAUUUCUUUUCUUCCCGGCUAGAUGGAGGGUACAUUGACGACGGAUUCGGUUUCAGAUUCGGAUUUCCUUAAGGAAUUUUAUAUUCCUAAUUACAUUUUGGUUCCUGAUUCGAAAUCCGAUUCCACUCCUCCACCUCAACUGCCUCAGUGUCCGGUCCUGGUUUUUAUCAAUUCCAAAAGUGGUGGUCAGCUUGGUGCAGAUCUUUUAAAGACUUAUUCUGCCCUUCUUAAUGAAAAUCAGGUUUUUGAUUUGGGGAAGGAAGCGCCGGAUUUGGUGUUGCGGAGGAUUUAUUUGAAUUUGGAGAAAUUGAAAUCUAAUGAUGAAUUUGCUGCUAAAAUUCAAGAGAAAUUGCGAAUUAUUGUUGCUGGUGGAGAUGGAACAGCUGGAUGGCUUCUUGGUGUUGUUUGCGAUCUUAAAUUAUCGCAUCCGCUGCCGAUUGCUACUAUGCCCCUGGGGACCGGAAACAAUCUUCCGUUCGCGUUUGGUUGGGGAAAGAAGAAUCCAGGAACGGAUGUUCAGGCUGUGAUGGCUUUUAUGAAGAAAGUAAAGAAUGCCAAGGAAAUGAAAAUAGACAACUGGCAUAUUCUCAUGAGGAUGAGAGCUCCUAAAGAAGGUUCCUGUGAUCCCAUUGCACCUCUUGAACUACCACAUUCUCUGCAUGCAGUUCACCGCGUUUCUCCAACAGAUGAGCUCAACAUGGAAGGUUAUACCACAUUUCGUGGGGGAUUCUGGAACUACUUUAGUAUGGGCAUGGAUGCCCAAGUGUCAUAUGCAUUUCAUUCUGAGCGGAAGUUGCAUCCUGAAAAAUUCAAAAAUCAGUUGAUUAAUCAGAGUACUUAUGCAAAGCUUGGUUGUACACAAGGAUGGUUUUUAGCUUCUCUUUAUCACCCUUCUUCAAGGAACAUAGCGCACCUUGCUACAGUAAAGAUCAUGAAGAAGACUGGUCAAUGGGAAAAGCUUCAUGUACCUAACAGCAUUAGGUCAAUUGUAUGCCUUAACUUGCCCAGCUUUUCUGGUGGACUAAACCCAUGGGGGACACCAAAUAGCAACAAACGACAUGACAGAGGCUUGACUCCACCUUUUGUUGAUGAUGGACUUAUCGAGGUUGUUGGUUUUAGAGACGCUUGGCAUGGGCUUGUUUUGCUUGCUCCAAAUGGACAUGGAACUCGUCUUGCACAGGCACACAGAAUCCGCUUCGAGUUUCACAAAGGUGGCGCUGACCACACAUUCAUGAGAAUUGACGGGGAACCCUGGAAGCAACCGCUACCAUCCGAUGAUGAUAAUACUGUGUUGGUAGAAAUCUCUCAUCUUGGCCAAGUCAACAUGCUUGCCACCGAUGAUUGCAGGUCUAAAAGUGUCAACGAUCCUUUAUCGCCAUCCUGUCAUGAUGCAGACAAAGACAGUGACGAGGAGGACUCGGUACUAGCCGAAGAGUUUAGGAAAUUUGGCGCAGCUGAUACAUUCAGGAUCCCAGAUGAAGUUGACAUUUCUCAUCUCAGUUAAACCUUUAAAUAUUCAUUUUUAUUCUCUGUGAUUUGCUUACAUGUUUUAUUGGGUUGAUUCUCUCAUGGUUUUGGAGUUUCAUUUAUAUCAUUUUUCAUCCAUAUUGUUACUGAAAUUGAUUGUAAAUUUAUCCAUUUACCAAUUGAUAAUAAAACUGGUGGUUUAAAA